CCCUUCCCCUCCCCCUACGUCUUGGCCCUUGAAACAGAGUGUUAAGGGCUAGGGGUAACAACAUACCCCUAUGAAUUGAGACAACACUCGUUACGGUUACGUCAUCAUACAUCGUCGCUAGCUGGCUGCACGUCACCAGAGGCGACAAUUGUUGAUCACAAACUUCAAGAUGCCGUCUGCAAGUGUGUGUAUGUCGAUUGCGUGGAUUAUAGUUAUUUUUUUGCGAUUGUCUGCAACAAAUCGCAGAAUUCAAAGGAGAAGAAGAGCUCUGCGACGCCUACGACUGCUGGUGGAUCAGCUUAUGAUUGGUGCUCCAACAAGAUACUGUGCCAUAAACCCCAACCUGCCUAUACUGCGCAUAUGGUUCGAUGUAGAGACUGAGCUGAAACAGGAUGUCCGCCUCAGCAGAAGAGCGAUGCACAGUUUAAUGAGGCUUCUGCAAAGGGAGCAGGACCAUGGCUGGGGUAUUGAGAUGGAAGUGCUCAUAUACACCUUUUGGCUGGCACAUGGGCUUUGGCUGGCACAUGGAAUAUAGGGUGGUGUGCCGUGUCUUUAAUGUUCCAAAGCCUACAGUUCACCGCCUCGUCCACAAAGUGGCCCAGAACAUAUGGGACAAUCUGGGUAGAGCAAUCCGCUUCCCUGCAACAGUGGACCUGCCUGCAGUUGGUCAGGGAUUUGCAGACAUUUCACGAACCCCUGCAUUCCACAAUGUGGUUGGAGCAAUUGAUGGCAGCCACGUACGGAUAAAACCCCCAAAUUGUCACAAAUUAGAUUAUUUGAACUAUAAAGGUUUUUACUCCAUCAACAUGCUAACAAUAUGUGACUCGAAUGGCAGGUUUCUGGACAUUUAUGUGGGGUACCCGGGGUCUGUUCAUGACACACGCAUCAUGAAAAACAGCAGUUUUUAUACCGCGGGACGGUAUCCUCCAACGGGCUACAUCAUUCUGGGUGAUGGUGGGUAUCCCUGUUUAGCAACUCCAAUUUGCCUUAUCACCCCAUUCAAAGAGCCAGUGCAGGGACCAGAACAGCGGCGAUUUAACCACUAUCACUCAAAGGGGCGCAGCAUAAUUGAAAGGGCGUUUGGCAUGAUGAAGACCAGGUGGAGGUCAACACUUUUCAGAGCUGUGGAGGCGAAGCCCACAUUUGCACCACAGGUAAUUGCUUCCUGUGCAUUCUUGCACAAUGUGUGUAUGGACAAUGGUGACCCAUUGACUCCAGAUGAAGACAUUUUAAGGGAUAGGUAUGACCCCCAACCUCCCCGUGAACCAAUGGCAUACAACGAAACCUCUGGGAAUGACAUAAGAAACAGACUGGCUGCCCUAGUUUCAGGCAAUGUGCAAGCCCCAUGAACAUGAAAGGUGUCAUGCAUGUAAAUAUGUUGUAGUUAUCUUAUGUUAUUUUUGAUGGUGGUGGUGAAUAUGAAUGCAGAUGUUCUAAUCUGCGUACUACUUAGUACUGUCUGU